AUGCGGGUCGUGACCGGCUCCCGCGGCGCGCUCGAGGCGAUGGGCGCUGCCGGCGGCAAGGGCACCGCGGCCAAGGCACUGUGCUCCGUCUGGCGCGCGGGCCGUGCUGGCUCGGGCACCGACCACAACUGCGUCAUGUUCAACGUGCCCGACGCCCUCACGAGCGAGACCCUCGGCUCGGGAUCCUCCUCGAAGCACUGGUACUGCCUGGGCCUCAAGGCCUGGGGCGCGCCAGUGAGCACCGUGGACGGCUCGAUCUCGGCCCACCCGGACACGGGGCGCACGCUUGUGGGCGAGCGGCUGCACGGCGCGUCCGCGGCAGCGGCGCUCUGCCAGGAGGCCCACGACGCGCUCAUGCCGGGCGUGCCGCUGGCCGGCUGGGACGUGGCGUUCUGCCCGCCGCGACUCGGGGUCGGCGCGGCGGACCUGGUGCUUCUGGAGGCCAACCUCUCGUGCAACUUCUUCCGGGGCAAGAUCGCAUGGGAGGAGUACGGGGCGCUCGUCGACGAGCACUUCGCCGCCAUCGACGCCUGGAGGCGGCGGGGCUGA